CUCCCCUCAUGGGACAAACGACCUGUUCGGCCAACGAAACCCCCUUCAUCCCCUACCACUCAUUCCACCUAAACGGCAGGUUCUGCGGAGAGCCAUACACAGGAUUUCAUACCGACCUCUGUCUAUACGAGAAGCAAGAUCUCUUCUGGGACCUGCCCGAGCUCUCACUGGGAGAACUGUCUGCAAAUGAUACGGAUUUCAUUCUGGCUAGUGACCAUCGCCUCCCUCCCCAGGAGGACUGGCAGUAUUGGGGCCGGUUUCCUGAUACGCUGUACCCGGUUAAGAUACCCAUGCCGGUGCGGUAUGUCGAAGCGAUGAUGCUUCUCACGGCCCGCGAUUGGGAAAUCAGGGGACAUGGGUGGUCUUGGCGGGAUGAGAUUAUGUACAUGUGGAAGUAUAUAGUCGGUUUACUAGGGGAGUUCUUUGAGGUGGAGAUGUUCAAGCCGAUGUUUAGAUCGUGGUGGGCGGUUUUGGAGAACUCGGAGUCGAUGUCGGGUGGUGAGGUGCUGUGUGUGCAUAAUUUGAGGAGAGAGUUGGUGGCUGCGAAUAUGAUGCCUGAGACGCCGUUUACUUGGUUGAAGAUGUAUGGUUGAGUUCAUGGUGGUUAAUUGGUGAUAACAUAGGGUUGAAUUUGGUGACAGUAGAAUGAGCAGAUUAUGUAACGGAUCGAAGUCUAAAUACGAGCAGAAGUAAGGAAG